GCUAACAUUACCCAUAGAAAGGAGUAUAGCCUUGAGAGACGGAGUGAAAGAAGAGAGAGAUCCCUCGUUAGGGUUUUCAGUGCUCUCAUCUUGCUUUGGGCGAAUAAACCCUCGACUCGGAUCUCCAUGGUUGCCAGGAUCGCCGCGAGGUUCGUGAUGCGGAGGCUCUCCUCCGGUGGGAGGGUCCUCAGCGAGGAGGAGAAGGCGGCGGAGAACGUUUACAUCAAGAAAACGGAGCAGGAGAAGUUGGAGAAGCUUGGGCAGAAGGGUCCAAUACCAGGAGAGCAACCCCCAGCAAAUCCAGAAGCUCCAGCAAGUGAAGGAAAGCCAACCACGACAGCAGGCUCAUCAACUUCUGGUGUUUCAACUGACCAGAACCGGAACUAUGCUGUACUUGCUGGCACAGUUGCUGCUGUUGGUGGCCUGGGCUGGUAUCUCUUAUCCAAACCCAAGAAAUCUGAAGAACCUGUAGAUUGAGGCUACAUGGAAGUAGACGAGAUUGGAAGCAUCUGCUAUUUUCUUUUGUUGUUUGCUUAGCCUUGCACAAGCUUGUUGCUGGUGGAACUUAUUUUCCCUCCAUUUCCAGCUGAGCAUAUUCUGUCCAAUUUGAUUAAACCAAGCUAAAUGACUUGGAUGGUCAAAGUUACUCUCAUUUUCCUGUUAUGGAGACGGGUUAUUCACAACCUGUUGUACUUGGAGGCAUGGCUAUGGUAACGGGAGCCUCAGACGUAACAAUUGCUGAGGGACUCCCCAUGUUUGAUGGCUUCUCUCUUUUGUAAGAUGCACUCCGUGGAAUAACCUUCUUCCAAUACUGGAAUUAUGCAUGCAUUAGAUAAAGUUGUGCAUUUGAUGGCCA